AUGUGCACAAUCCACAUCGUCAGAUGCCCACACUGCGACGCCCUGGCCUCUGCCCACCGCGAACCAUGUCCCGGCACGUCCUACAAUCGCCUCUGCCACCGUGGCCUCACAAAUUCCAUCACGACGCGCCUCUUCCCUGGCCGUUGCGAAGCCUGCCUCACGAAAACAGGGCCGUAUCACACCCUUGCCCCUGGCCCUACACUAGCCGGAAGGAGCAGUUUCGAGAGUCUGAGCAGCACUCGGGGGGCAAGAUGCGCCGUUCGUUUUCGGAUGUUGUGGAAACGGCUGCUUUCGAGGACGAGAAGGUCCCGCUUGAGCGUACAAGACGAUGGAUCACGAGCUUGUGAAAAUCGGUGUCGUAUUGGGCAGUGGGUACUUGCAAUCAGUUUUACUAAAUUCAAACGUGGCUUACAGUGA